AUGUUUCGAUUGAUCUUCGUGCUGGCUUUGACCAUUUUCUUGGUCGGUUCGUUCGGAACGUCGGAAAGGAAAUCUUCUAAAAAUGUAAGCCGAGGGUACUUUAUUUUCGAAAACCUGGCCGGUACUCUUGUCGCCGUAUAUUCCCUUCACCGUAUUAUCUGUAGUCUGGAACUGAAAGUUGUCUAAUUUUUAGCAACGUUGCCUUAAAUCUUCUUUCUUUUAUUCAAUGAUUAUAAUCAAACAGGCGAACGAAUCUGCCGGAAGCCAAAACAACUGUAAAACUGUUCCACUGCUUGGAUGCGGAAGAGAUGGUAAGUUCUCCAGUGUUAUGAAUCGUUACUAACUCAAAUGUAACGUUUAGUAGCCACUUCGUAGUCUUCUUAGAGCCAGAAAAGAUUGAAAAAAUGGAAUGAAUGGUGAUCUAGUUUGAGGUGGAAAUUGUAUUUACAUUUAUCGACGUGCCAAUUCCUUCAGGCCGAACAUUAAUCCGCGACUUAAAUGCAAAGUAAAAACUGCAAAAGAGAAGUUACAAUCAAAGACAUCGCACUAUUGUUUGGGUUCAGAUAUCUAAAAGUUGCCCUUAGAUUCGUGUUUAUGAUAACACUGAAGGAAAAAAGAUACUGCAUUGUUCAAUUUUCGUGGAGUGCAAAACUGACUUGGGAAGAAAUAAAACUACUAUUGAACAGCGAGUUACAAAUUCCUGCACAAUAGUAAUAAAAAUAUGAAAAUUUGUUUUUUGCAGAAGUACAUACAAUUAUGUGGUUUCUUGUAGUGUCAUAACUGAAACCUCUAAAGAAUAUUCUGAAGUUUUUGUUGAAUGAUCUGCCCAUAAAAGCUUCAUUUUAUACGCGGGAUAGCUUAAGUGCUAAAUAAAAGCAGUGAUGUAAAUAAAUAUAAACAUCAAAACCAAGUGAUACCAAACGACCCAAAUUGUCAUGUGUGGAUUAAUGCCUUUCCUCCGUUUAAAUGCAUUCUUCAGGAAGAGAUGGCCGUGACGGACGUGAUGGAACUGUGGGAGCAAAGGCGAGUUAAUGUUCUCUGUACUGAAUUAUACACACCUAGAUCAUAUUAUCACUGUGUUAUGGCAAGAUUUUUUGUCAAUCUAACUUUUAAAUCUUAGGAAGAGAUCCUAUAGUGUACUAGCAAUUCAAAUCUCUGAUGAUUCCUCUUUCAUUUGGCAAUUGCAAACGUUUUAUAAAAUAGUAUUUAUCUCUUAAGAUUUCGCAAAGAUACAUUUGUAUUUUUUUGUCGUUUUCCCUUGGCCACUAUUAGGCUACCAUUAGGAGUGGAAUUUUUAAGGUCUGUUAAGCAAAACACGGCCGAGACAGCCAGCAUAUAAAAAAACGUCUGUGUAAAUGUGCGCUUUCGUACUUGUAGCUUGUUUCAACUCGCGUAAUCAUUAAAACGUGGGAAUCUAAGAAAAGAGACAUCAAGACUGAUAAGAUUCUUCAUAAUGUAUUUUUCCCUAAAUAAAACGUUGCAUUGGAUAAUUUCACGUUGAGUUGUGUUCGACGAAAAAUUAAUUGUGAUUCACGUGUUCAAGAUAUAUAGUCGACUCCCGCUAACUCGAACCUUCAAGGGAUUUCGAAAAAAGUUCGAGUUAACGGGAGUUCGAGUUAUCGGGAGCUCGAAGAAAAUAGCCGAGAGUAAGGUAAAAAACAGUUUUUACUGCACAGUGAACAUUUUAAUCACAUUUAAUUGUAGAAAUGUCAAGUGAAAAUUAAAAGAUACUUCUUGGUUAUAAAUCAGAACGUAACGUAGCAAAACAUAGCCUAAAUAGAGCAUGCGUUUUACUGUUUUGAGAAGUAAAGCUGCUUCAGUUUAGCCUGUGACAAUCAACAUCAGCCUCAGUUAGUAAACUACACUCCUACAACACGUUAAAAGGAAAUCCAAAAUUCAAUAUUUCGGACGCCAGUACACGGCUUAUUUCCCGACUUUUUAAGGGCUCAAAACAUGGUUCGAGUUAUUGAGGGUAAAAUUAUAUAGAAAAUGACCUGAGGGAAAACGAAAAUUGGUUCGACUUAGCGGGAGUUCGAGUUAUCGAGGGUUCGAUUUACCGAGGGUAAAAUUACAGUAAAUGUAUGACGGAAAUCCAGGGGAAAUCGAUUUUGGUUCGAGUCAGCGAGAGGUUCGAGUUAGUGAGGGUUCGAGUUAUCGGGAGUAGACUGUACAUCCAUUCCGGUCGAUCCAUUCCAUUAGUAGAGCAUUUGCGCGGAAAAGGAGAAAAAGAAUUCUUAAUCGCCUGUUUACGUCAUCGAUUUAACACAACGUUACGUGUCUCAUCAUCAUAUGACACUGAAUGGUUUGACUAUAAUGAAGUUGUAUGUUCAACAGAAUUGAUAGAAUGGGAUCGCACAUAUUCAACACCACCGCCUCAUUGGAAAUAAAAAGGAUUAAAAAGGAGAACUGAACAUAAACACACUACUCAGUUAACUUUGUAGCGAUGGGGAAUAUAAAGCAAAAAAUAGUAAUUUUAAAAAAAAAAUUUCAGAGACAUGUCAGUCUGCUAUAACAUAAGUGACAUGCAAAAACGUAGUAACUUUGAAGCACUUUCUAAAAUGACAAGAAAAAAUCAAGGAGUCGUUCUUGCACUGAGCUCCUCAAUUGACCAAAGAAAUAACCUAGAAAUAUUAGGUUAGAGCUCUCGGAAGCUAGCGGCACAAGCCAAACAAUUUUACUCCAUUGCACCCCCCAUCCUUCCCGCCUUUAACUUGUGUAAAAAGAAUCAUAUCUAAUCUAUGUCACUUAACUGAUCAGUUUGGCACCAAACCUCUCAGAAAAAAGUCGGAAAUCCCUGCCGCUUGGUUAUUUUGGUCGGAUCUCUGGGAAAUAAUGGCAGUUCAACAUUUCCCUCAAGAAACUUGACCAAACAGAAUCAAACACGUUGUUUGCUGAUCCGAUCCCUGGUUGUUUUGUUAUUCUUAUCGAAUUUUAAUUUAGAGCUUAACCAAGAAUGUCUUGAGUCUCAUGUGAAGCAGUAAUUAGCGAAAUAUCGUGAUUUUUUACGUCUUUUAUAUCAGUUACUUACGUCUAUCUACAGCUAAUUCGACAAUUAAUUCAGCACUUUUUAUCAGCCUUACAAAUCGUUUUAUUUCAGUUGCUCAACCUCCAAAGCUAUUUUUUGGCCCUAAUGACUGUUUCCCUUGUCUCGAUUCGCAUUCCUCUGCCAGCAGCUUCUGCCCGUUAUUUGCGCUGUGUGUUUUUCGAACGCACCCUCAAUACUUGUAGCUAGAAUCCUAAGUGAUUUUCCUAAGCCACAAUAUUUAUUUUGCCGUUUUAUCUUGAGAUUUGGGACUGAUGUUUUCUUUUCCAGGGAGAAAAAGGAGAGGCAGGGAUACCGGGACAAAAUGGAAAGGCUGGUGAUAACGUAUUAGUUUAAAAAUGUACCGCUUUUUAAAAACCUUUAAAUUUCUUCUGGAAAGUCAAUAAGCUAAGUAAAAUUUUGCUUUGUUAUCGAAAACCUAACUGACUGUGCAACUAAAUGCAUGAUUACAAACUAAGUCUGCAAUACGUCAUCCAAACAAGCAAAGCACCGGUUUGACAUUAAUUAUUGAGCAGUCUAUUAUCGUGGGAAAUCCAACAAAAAGAAGCAUUGCGCGUAUGAACGAAGGAUAACGAAGUGAUGUUUUCACAUUAGCAAACAAUUCAAAGAUAUUUUUUGCUUAAGGCUGCUGAUCUUUACUCCCAAAGUGUAUCUCCAUAUUUUUAAAUUUACGAUAGCAACAUAACGUUUGACUUAUUUAUUGAACGCCAAGUGGAUUUGAAGAGUUGUUAUUUUCAAGUUGUGACUAGUGUGACGGAGCCUAAAGAUGUAUAAGAUGUAGCUUUGACCAGUGUAUCUGUAUCAAGUCAGGAUUGACUGGGAUAUUGUUUUCCAUUCACGGAAAUUCAAUAUAACAAUUUUAAAUAUGAAGUUAUUCGAACUUUUUUACAACCCAGCUUACCAUUGCAUCAAUUAAAAAAAAUUGCUAUAAUUUCAGAUCAUGUUCAAUGGCUUGGACUGGAAUCAUUUUAUCCUGUAAAGAAAUCCAAACUGUAGGAUAAUUUUUGAUUUGUACUAAUGCGGAUGCCCCAUGUUGGGGUUUUCCAUGUCCCAAAUUAUAUCUUUUAAAAAAAAGGGUGAGAAAGGAUCGCAUGGUGAUAAAGGAUCCCAAGGAAAGGAUGGACCACAAGGACAAAAGGGCAAACAGGGACCAAGGGGAAUGCCGGGAACAUGUGAUACUAAGGUAUUCGCCUCAAGAUAUUUGGGCUUUUUUUGACAGGGGGUGAAAAAGGAUCUCGUGGUGUCAAUGGAAUUACUGCGUUAAAAGAUUACAAGAUUUACACUCUUUAUUAUCCUUUGUAAUAGUAAACCUUCUUACAAUAAGCCAAAUUGAUUUAAUUACCAUUCCUUUAGGCAAUAGUAGAAUUUGAAUUUUAAAAUAUGAUAAAAUGAAGCAUGCCAGAUCAUCAUUACUGUCAUUUUCAACGGCUGUAUUCCUGCCCUUAACUCCUUUUCCAUGGAAAAACGCGUUUUGGAAAUAUUCGGUGUUUAUUAAAUGUACUUUAGAAAAUGACUGAACUAUGUCAGGUACCGACACUUGCAUUGGUAACACUUGGGGUCUGAUUUUGGGAGAUGCUAUUUAAAAAAAACAAUGACUGUAUAGAGAGUGUUUCAUAAAUAACUACAUCAGCAGAUUGUUAGUUUUGUAAUUAAAUUGUAUUUUGUUGUCAUUAUUUUGUGUUUUAGAGCCUAUCUUCUAGCAAAUCAAAGUGCUGUUUAACCGGUAAGAACAUUUUAUCAUUUAUACCGUCGUCUAUGAUAUACAUUGAUUCAUUGGAAUUCGAAAAGUUUCCGAAUUUUAACUUUAUAAAAACGUGACUUCUCUACAGUGAAAUUCAAGAGUAGAGCACAUAUUAACUAACCUUCCUUUGUUGUUUUUUUUUUCUGUCGUGAGGUAUUUUGACUUAUCCUUAAAGUUGCAUUUUUGUUUCAUUGUGUGGGUCAGGGUUAGUCAGGAUUAUGUUCACUUGGUGUUUUCCUGUUUUAAUCUUAUGUUUUUACUCGUACUUGAAAUUAUGCUUGGUCUUCAAAUUCACUUAAUUCCAUUUCUGAAAUAUUUUUGACUUGGCUUUGUCAGAAGCGAGUUUUAUACUGAAAGUCGUGUUUGUGAGUUCAGAGCUGACUUAGGGUAUUAAUUCUUGUUGAAUUAGUUCCUGUUUGGGUUCGUUAACCAAGGUUGUUAGUUUUUCAUUGGGUCGCAGCUUCUUGCCAAUCGCUGCCGUUUAGGCCCAGAGAUAGCAAACAUUACCCACACUGAGUUUGCCAGCCUUCUUUUAUUCUCACGGUCAGCAAACCCAAACAUCACCAGGUCCAGCUCCACUAUUUGGAUUGUUAGUAGUAGGAGUGGCAGUAGGAGUAGGAGUUAUAAGUCAGAUUAGUAGGAACCAGCUGUUAGCUGUAGAAGCUAAAGAAGAAUAAACAAGUGAGAAGAGGUAUAAGGAGAUUUCGUGUCCCUUCUCGCUUAUUUUAGCUGUUUUGUUCUCGCCAUUUCUUAAUAACAAAGAUUUUAACAUUUUUUUUCUUGUGGAAGAUUGCUCUAUUGGAUUCCACGUCUUUGAGAAAGUUCAAGAUCUACCAACCCGAGGAGCAGUAGAUGUGGAACAUUUCACCAUUGAUGGAAGCUUGUUUCUUGCUUUUGCCAACCAUCGUGGGGACAUUAAAAAAUACAAGACAAGUUCCAUGAUCUACAAGAUGGACAACUCUACUGGAAGAUUGUCUUUGUACCAGACCCUGCAGACAAGAGGAGCUAUUGACCUGGAGUACUUUUCCAUCGCAAACAAACAUUUUCUUGCUGUCGCUAAUCGUUACGAUGGAACGCACCGGCUGGAUUCUACAGUCUAUCAAUGGAAUGGAAAGCUGUUUGUCGACUUUCAGAAAUUGUCAACAAAAGGAGCAAGUCACUUCACCUAUUUCAAGAUACUUGGGGAAAGGUAUCUCGCAGUAGCCAACCACUAUGACGGAAGUAACCACUCUACAAAAUCAGUUAUCUACAAAUGGAGCAGCGGCAAGUUUAACAGAUUUCAAGACAUAUCAACUGACGGUGCGUCCGGAUGCACAGCGUUUGUGAUAAACGGUGACACAUUCAUCGCUUUUGCAAAUCAUUACAACUCCCAAUACAAGUAUUCUGUUCAGUCCACUGUGUUCAAGUGGUCAGGAGAUCACUUUGUUAAACUGCAGUCUCUUCAGACUUAUGGAACAUUUCAUGUCAUGUCUUUUAACAUUAACACUCACACAUUCCUUGUCUUUGCCAACCGCUACUCUGGAAGUAAACACAACAUCGACUCCUUCGUUUACAAGUGGAAUGGCAACAAGUUCGUCUUGUUCCAGUCCUUACCUACUCAUGGGGCUGUCGCUUGGCACCCAUUUGUGAUCAGCGGUCAAACGUACCUAGGUGUGUCUAAUUACUAUGAUGACAGUAAGAAACACAACACUCAGUCAGUUUUGUACCAGGCUUCUGGAGCGCGGUUCAUCAAGUACCAAGAGAUUUCAACAGAUGGAGGGCAUGGUAUGACGUCAUUUGAGCACAAAGGUCAUACUUACCUUGCAGUGGUAAACCAUUACAACAAGAAAUUUAACCUGAACAGCGCCCUGUACAAGUGGGUGUAG